GUGACAGCUCACCAGUGGAGGAUCAUGCUCUUGUGCCCAAUAUCAUUUCUACCACGACCGCUCAAAAUAUUACUGCCACACCUCAGCAGCUCCAUGACACAACAACUCAUGCAAAAGAGGCCACAACUUCCAAAGGUGUCCGUCCGUAUCAACCAUUAACUAGAAGUCUCUAUGUUCAGCUUCCCUUGGUGCUCCAUCCUCUCCUAGUGAGCAACAUCUUACCAUCAACCCGGAGGUAA